AUGUCGUUAGCUGGUAUUUUCAAUAGAGCACUUGCUCGUUCUACAGUGGCAUGCUUUUCGCGGUGGAUGCAUAAUUUCAGAUUAAAUAGGAUGACGGCAGUGUCCCUACAUGUAAAUGAAUCGAAAAAUUUGGUAGUCUCGGUACCAUACUGUGGAACAGGAUAUGUAGAAGAUCCAGGACCAUUUCCGCUGCCUAAACAACUUACUUUUGAAGAAGUUGAACGUCGAGUGAUGAAAGCAAUUCGUGCUUGGGAUCGGUUUCCAGAAGAGAAGAAGGAGACUUUGACAUUGGAUACUAAUUUUGUUAAGGACAUGGGCUUCGAUUCUUUAGAUCAUGUAGAAAUUGUGAUAUCGUUGGAAGACGAGUUCGGUUUCGAGAUUCCGGAAACGGAUGCUGAGAAGUUAGAAACGCCCCGUGAUGCCUUCAAGUACAUUUGCGAACAUGAAGACGUUUUUGAGUAA